UGAGAUGAAAGAUUACUUCCGUCCGGGCUCCGGGCUCUGGCCUCUCUCUGGAGCCGGCUCGGCGGGGGCUGGGAAGUGGGGUGCGCAAGGCUGUGGGGUCGCGCCUGGCCACCUGCAGCGCCCGGGGCGGGCGGGACGCGCUCGGCCCUGCUGGGGCUCACGCGGGGGAUCCUUGCAGGUGGACGUGAAGAGCACUUCCGAGAGCCCGAGCCAUGGUGGCCAAACAGCGCAUCCGGAUGGCUAACGAGAAGCACAGCAAAAACAUCACCCAGAGGGGGAACGUAGCCAAAACCCUGAGGCCGCAGGAAGAGAAGUACCCUGUGGGACCAUGGCUGUUGGCACUGUUUGUUUUUGUUGUCUGUGGCUCAGGUGUGGACUCCUGAAGUCGCACAGCAUGGACUCAUUCUCUUCUGAACAUCUUGAACCUUUGGAUAUUUUAAAGAUGACUGCCUAGUGGUUCCUUCUGCAAACUAAACUUCCCUAGUGUCUCAACGUGGCCUCUCACAAGACGUGGUUUCUAGAUGCCUCUUCUGGAUACUUCCAUGACUCUCUUAAAGAACAGCACUAGUGACUGCAGGAAUUGGUCCGCAAGUGGUGUGGAUGCCACAGAGGCAACAGGAUUGCCACUGCCCUUGACCUCACCACUCUGCUUCUAUUAAUAUGACCCAGCGUGCAGUUUAUUCUGAACAGUCACAGCGCACCCUAAACUCACAUCACGCUAAUGGCUGGCCAGGCGCCACCAAGCUGUUCUUUAUCUUAAUCAUGGCUGUCAUCAACAUUUGAAAUGGUUCAGUUUGCUUCCUUAUUAUCCAUUUCCUUCUAUGAGGAGAGAAGCUUAGGGAAGGCGGUGUUUACUUUCCACUAAAUGUUUAGAUCCUAGUACAGUAUUUGACAUAUAGUGAAUGCUCAGGAUGGAUGGAUGGAUGGAUGGAUGGAUGGAUGGAUGGAUGGAUGGGUGGAUGGAUAAAAACAGAUAUUCCCCCACACUGUAGACAUCCAGUUGAUCUUUUUGAGACCUAAUAUAAAGCUUCAUGAAUAUUUUUAUUAAAAUUGUACUGUUGGUUGUCAGUUGUCUUUCUACAGAGUAGCCAGAAAGUUUGGAAACAUGAAAGCACAUGUAAUAAAUGGCUUACCCUUAUUACUUUAUAAUGGUCAGUGACAUUACAUGAUAGUCAACAGAUUAUCCUUUAGUAGCAAAUGCGUAGUUCAGAGCACUGUACAAAAUUGCAAUGACUUUGGUGCAUUAAUGCAGCAUUUUCAUCAGUGCCUGCAUAUUUCAGCUGCGAUGCUUUACCUCAGAUGAGCUGUCUCUGGUUUUCACACACCCCCUCCAAAAAAAAAACCUGUGCCUUAGCAUGCCACAGAAAAAUAAAAAAAAUUAAUCUAUAUAAAAAAGUUAUCUAUGUGUUCAGGUUUUAUGGCCAGCCUGCAGAUUUGUUAGAUCUUGAACCUUGAGCUUUUUAUCUAAUUCUGUUUCUUUCCCAGCUCUAUAGUCUCUGAGAGUACAUCAUUUAGCAAGUCACUGAUAAAAGUAUAGACCUGGAGAAGCCCAGGGAACACAAUUAGAGACAACUCCCUUCAGGCUGACUUUGAACCUCUCAGCAGAACUCCUGCAGGGAAUCAUUGUGUGUCGAGGGCAGGGCCCCCUGUGUGCCUGGCACUGUGCUGGGCUUUGGAGCCACACCCCCUUCAGGCCCUGCGGGCACUGGGGGAGGCAGAUAAGGAAGCUGUCAGUUGUAACCCAGGGAAAGGGCACUGUGAUAGCAGAGUGCCAGGAGCGCUUGGCAAACAUGGAUAAGGGGCUGUCUUAGUCCGUUCAGGCUGCUGUAACAAAACAGCACAGUCUGGGUGGCUUAGAAACAGCAGAAAGGUAUUGCUGACAGUUCUGACGGCUGGAAGUCAGAUUAGGGUGCCAGCACUGUGGGGUAAGGCCCUCUUUCCAGUCACAGAUUUCUCCUUGUGUCUUCACAUGGCAUCCUUAUGUGGCAGAUGGUGCUGGGAAGCUCUGUGCAGUCUCUUGUUUCAAAGCACUAAUCCCAUCCAUGAGGCCUCCACCCUCACGACCUAAGCACCUCCCAGAGGCCUCACCUUCUUCCACCUUCACGUUGGGGAUGCCAGCGUGUGAAUUUGGGAGAAUACAACAAGACCUUCGCGGGGACUCGUAAAUCACACUGGGAAGGAGAGGCAGUUUCCCAGAGGAGGUGCAAUGUCAGCUGAGUUUUGAAGGACAAACAGCCAGACCAAGGGAUACAUAUUCCACAUGCAGGAACACUACGUGACAAAGGCAGAGAGACGGGAGAGUGCUCCCAUUCAAAAGUGGCCAAGGUCCAACCACAGGAUCUGUGAGCCCGGUCCUUAUACUGCCCAUACUGACUGUUUGUCAAACGAAAGAGUCACAGAGCCGGUGUUUUUUGCUUCGAGAUACGUAGUAACUGGGGCCUCCCCUGUUUGUGCCCUUCGGUAGCAAAAGGUGGGGGUGUAGCCAAUAGCGUUGUUUGGUCUGCCUUGUUUUUCUCAAACCUAUGCUAGUUCUCAAUGGCCAUCCUUUUCCAAGGGCUUAGAAACCUUCUCUAAGUUACACUUGUAUUAAAAUUGUGCUGGGUGUAUUGGUCCACAGAGUAGGAGCUGUAUCUUCCCCCCGUGGGUCAAUUAGAACAUAUGCUGAUGACAGUCUUUGGAACACUUCCCCAUUUCCAGUAGUUUUUUUCAGAGAUCAAGUAUGUUGGCUCUGGUAGAAUUGUCCAGGGCCUGGGAUCGGAGACGGCAGG